UUCAUCCUUCCUCCAUGUGUUUCAUGUUGUUAUCUUUUUUUAUUUUUUGACAUUUGUGCAUCGUGGAAGCAUGUGCUGAGAAAUAUAACCUCAAAAAUCAGCAGUUUCUAACAGAUUUUGCAUUUAACACGUUUUCACUUUAAAAGUAUGGCAACAUUAGAUAAAAAUAAAUUCAUAGAUCUUAAAAAAUUUAUUAAGGAAGAACCUGGUACUACCCAGAGACUGCAAUCGAUAAAAAUACCUCGUGAUUUAAAUCUUGGACUUGCAAAACAAUCAAAAAAAGUAUUCGUCCCUAACGUAAAUGCCAUUAGAAAUAGAGAUAAGCCAAAAGAAUAUAAUAGGAGGGAUGAUAAAGGAAAAGAGAAGUAUAAGGAUCGAAGACAAAAUAAAAAAGACAAUGCUCCCAGAUAUGUACAAUCAUCUGGAGUCUUCUCUGAAGGUGUUGGUAAUGAUGUAGUACGGACUAGAAGCUGGGGUGGUGCAAGAGGCGAGAGAGACAAUGAUAGUGCUGGUAUACCUAGCAUUUCUAUGCCUACCAUUAAGAAAAAUUCAUUCCAAGUGGAUAAAAAGAAUGAGGAUAGUGUAUUAAAUAACAUAACCGGCUGUGAUGAAGAAAGUGAUGAUGAAAAACUGCCUUUCAAGCCAAUUUCUUGGCAAAAUAAAUUACAAAAACCCACUCUAGUAACAAAUAUUAAAAAAGAAGAUGAAAAUGAUGUAACACCUAAUUUAAAAAAAUUGAAAUUAGAAUGUGAUGAUAAUUAUAACCCUCCAUUGGUGUCAUCCAAUGAGUAUUUAGAAGGAGAUAAAUUUAGUAAUAAUAAUCCAUCCAUCUCAUUGUGGGGGUUACCAGACUCUUUUGCUGGGAAAGGUUUAAGUGAUGAUCCUGAUUGCAAAAAGUUAUUUGACUAUUGCCUGACUGACAUGCUUGAGGGGCAGAUUGGGAAAGUUGUUGUGAGAAAGUCGGGACGGAUGGAAAUCCACAUAGGCCAUAUGAAAUAUGAAUUGGAACCUGGAGAGUCUGAUUCCUAUAAAGAGGAUAUAAUUUCUUUGGAAACUCAGGAAAGCAGCAAGAAGACCAAUGCAACUAUUUUAGGUAACAUACAAAAUCGGUACUUUUUAUCACCAGACUGGGAUAGACUACUUUUGUAACACCAAACUGCCUUAAGUAAUGCGCAAAUGAGUUUUUAAGCUUUGCUGACAAUGAUUGUGAUACAACUUACUGUUAUAAUGUGUUAAUAAAUAAAUAAAUAACCAUUCCUGCUUAUAAUAUAA